AAUCGACAUUCGCCAUCGCGCUCGCACUAGUGGCACGUAAAAAUAACCUCAAAAUAUAUCGUGAAUACUUAUCAUUAUAUUUGUGUGAUAAAUGAUAUACACAACAGUGACAUUUGUUGUAUAGACCAGUAUUAUUAUUGAAAACGCAAUACUUCGUACAGUUUUUGGAUUUAUUUGUGUGAUUCUUGUGUGCUGUCAAAACGAAAGUUUAUCUAAGAACGAAUAAUGUUCUUUUUGGUGGGCUGUCGACGGGCAGCCCCCAAAUAUUGUUCCAAUAUGUGGUGGUGUAUAUUCAUUUGUGCUAUGUACAUUAAUGUAUUUGGAGUAUCAGGCUCAAAUACAACUGGAGCUGUAACAACUAAUGUGUGUUCGCUGAAACAAUUUCAGUGUAAGAACGGGAAGUGCAUACCGAUGUCAUGGAUGUGCGAGGGAGAAGACGACUGCGGCGACAAUUCUGAUGAAAUUAUUGAAGAAUGCAAAAAAGAAAGUCGUACGUGCACGGCUUCAGAGUUCAGAUGCAAGACAGGACGCUGCAUACCGAUGUCCUGGCGAUGUGACAAUGAAAAGGACUGUUCUGAUGGCUCCGAUGAAGAACCAGGAACCUGUACCUCACAGCGCAGUUGCCCAGAGCACAAUUUUCUUUGUGCGACGGGUCACUGUAUACCCGCGGCCUGGCAAUGCGACGACUCGCCGGAUUGCCUAGACGGUUCCGAUGAACACAACUGUGAAGUGGAGGUAUGCGGUCCAGAAGAGUUCACUUGCAGAGGUGGCCAAGGAGAAUGCGUACCACUUACGUGGAUGUGCGAUGACAACCUCGACUGUACAGAUGGGUCAGACGAGAAAGCAUGCAAUGAGACGUGUCGAUCGGAUGAAUUCACUUGCGGCAACGGCAAAUGCAUACAACAACGUUGGGUGUGUGACGGUGACGACGACUGUGGCGAUGGUACGGACGAAGUGAAGUGCCCUGCGCCCACUUGCCAACCUAUCAGCCAUUUCUCCUGUACUGACGGCCAUUGUGUCUCGGCAAGAUGGAGGUGCGAUGGAGACAUCGAUUGCCCCGAUGGAAGCGAUGAAAUGGGAUGUGCAACAACUCCGAAGGUGACGUCACCGUGCAUAGCAACCGAGUUCGAAUGUCGUGAUCGCAUGACUUGCGUCCACAAAGCUUGGGUGUGCGAUGGUGAUCGGGACUGUCCCGACGGCGGCGAUGAAGCACCCGAGAUAUGCAGAGGAAACAUCACGUGCAGACUCGACCAAUUCCAGUGCAAGGACCAUAGCUGCAUUCCCGGCGCUCUGUACUGCAACGGUGACAAAGAUUGUCCAGAUGGCAGUGAUGAAAUUAACUGCACGAAACCCAAACCGGUUUGCGACAAAAAGACUGAAUUCGAUUGCGGUGAAGGCAUGUGUAUACCGCUGACGAAGCUGUGCGACGGUAAACCCGACUGCCCCAACUUUGAAGACGAGCCAAGAGAUAGGUGCGGUGAAGAUGAAUGCGCCAAGAAUAAUGGCGGGUGUACUCAACGUUGUGUUAACACACCAGUGGGAUACUAUUGCGACUGUGACAAGGGAUACAAGCUCGUGGACAAUCAGACGUGUGAAGACAUAGACGAGUGCAUGGACCCCGGGGCGUGUUCCCAAAUGUGCAUAAACGAAAAAGGCACCUUCAAAUGCGAGUGUCACGCGGGCUACGCAAGGGACCCGCGUGACAGAACACGCUGCAAGGCCACCGAGGGACACCCGUCACUCCUCUUCGCGAGACGCUUCGACAUCAGGAAGAUUAGUUUAGACCAUCAUGAAAUGGUCGCCAUUGUGAAUGACACGAAGUCUGCCACGGCGCUCGAUUACGUGUUCCGAACGGGAAUGAUUUUCUGGAGUGACGUCACGGACGAGAAAAUUUACAAAGCACCUAUAGACGAAGGCAGUCAACGGACAGUGGUGAUAGGCGAUCAGCUGAUUACCUCAGACGGUUUAGCGGUUGACUGGAUAUAUAACCACUUAUACUGGACCGACACGGGCAAGAACCACAUUGAGCUGUCAGACUUGCAGGGAAAUAUGAGGAAGAUCCUAAUUAGGGAUCGCUUGGAAGAACCGAGGGCUAUUGCACUCAAUCCUCUGGACGGUUGGAUGUAUUGGACUGACUGGGGCCAAACCCCAAAGAUCGAGAGAGCCGGCAUGGAUGGUUCACACAGACAAACGAUCGUGUCCUAUGACGUCAAAUGGCCCAAUGGACUUACGCUUGACUUGGUCCGCAAACGGGUGUACUGGGUGGACGCAAAGCUGAAUACGAUAUCGUCGUGCAACUACGACGGGUCAGCGCGCAGAGUGAUCCUCUACUCGACGGAUGUGCUCCGUCACCCGUUCUCCAUCACCACGUUCGAGGACUGGGUGUACUGGACCGACUGGGACAAGACUGCCGUGUACCGCGCUAACAAGUUCAAUGGGAAGGAUGUGGAGGCUAUCACUUCUACGCAUACGCUCCAGAACCCGAUGGUGAUCCACGUGUACCACCCGUACCGGCAGCCGGACGGCGUGAACCACUGCGCGGCGGUGAACGGCCACUGCUCGCACCUGUGCCUGCCGGCGCCGCGUCUCGGCGCGCACUCGCCGCGCGUCUCCUGCGCCUGCCCCACCGGCCUUCGGCUGAUGCCCGACAACCAGAUGUGCGUCGAGGACAAUGCAAUAAAACCAGAUGUGGAGGUGCAAAAUUCGUCUAUUGGUUUAGAAAAAUCUAAAAUAUUUGAAGAAAAACCUAUAUCCAGUGUACCAGAGACACCUAAAACUGGUACAGGAAUCUCAACGAGCGGCCGAGACGCGGGUGUGGUCGCUGGAAUUGUAGUAGCUGUUAUCUCUGGAAUUAUUGUAAUUGCUGCUUUGAUUGCUGUUGUCAUGUACAGACAUUACGUACACCGUAAUGUCACUUCAAUGAACUUCGACAACCCUGUAUACCGCAAAACAACUGAGAAUCAGUUCGCAUUGGAGCAGAAUGGAUAUGCGCCCGGAAGCAAGUUAUACCCAAGCACUGUGGGCGAAGAGGCCCAAGAACCGCUCAAUACGCCCGGUACAAAUGAGUUUGUAUAGUGUGAGAGCCGGCAGCAAAUACCUUAGUAUGUUGUUAGAUGCAAAAAGAAAAAGAAGGACAUGUGAUACUUAAAAUAGUGUUAAAAUCCAGUGUUUUGUGACAUUGCAAUUAAUUACACGGUGAAUGAUGACUUUGUGCAGUGAAUAAUGAAGCAAAUUGGAACUAAGUUCUCUAUUGCUAAGAGUUUGAGCACUGAUCUCGCAAUCUCAAAUAUUUUAUUUAGUAUUUUCAUCCAUUAUAAAUUGAGAUCUUGCUUCUAUACUUGUUUGUAUCACAAUUAUUAGUAGUUAGAGGGUCAUGCCUGCUAUUAUUGUUUUUAGACUGUGAAUAGCGUAGAAUGAGAUAUUAUAAAACUAUUAUUAUUAUUAUUAUAACAAUUUACACAAUAGUUGGUGUCGCAGUAUGUUAUGAAUUUUUUUUACUUUCCUUAUGUGUUUUUUUAUCACUAGUAAAAUUCAAAUUCCAACUAAUUUGUCUAACAUUUAUAUGGAAAUGUAUGUAAAUAUUCCUUUCAUAUCAUCAUGACAUAUAACUUAUUUUUAUGUAUAUGCCUAAUAUGUUAAUUGCAACACAUUAAUAUGUAAUUAUACAAUAAUUUAGCCUGGUGCAUUAUAUUUAUAUAUUUUAUUUCAUUUUACAUUUCAAUGUAUUAUUAUUUUAUGUUAUUCUUUACUGCUAAUACAAAUAUUUUAUACAAAAUGUACUUAUUGAGAAAUUGUGCAGUCUGUUUCGUUUAUUUUAACUAUUUUAGAUAAUUGUUUUUGUAAUCCUACCUAUUUAUUGGAACUAAAUAAAUUUUUAUAGAUAUCUAAAUUGCGUUGCAUUAGAUAUGUAAUUAUAAGCGUAUUUAAGUAUAACUAACUAUGUUUCUGUAGUGUGCCAACAAGUAAAAGCCAAAUAUUUCUUUCCUUUGUGCUCAUUAUAACAUGUAUAGUAUUUAUUUAAAUUGACGCUUUGUUGUUGAAAUUGUUGUAAAAUUUUACAAUUGAACAAUUUUGAUACGUAUUUAUAUUUUUUUGUUAGGUUGUGUUGUAACAUUCAAAAUUACAAUUAUUUUACUAGCUAAAUGUAUUCAAAAUUAAAACUUUGUCUAGCAAAUUCCUGCCAAACAUUUAAAAUUAUCUUAGUUAUAUAUUUGUAAUGUAAUUCAAUUACAUGGAAAUCUUGCACAUUUCGUAUAUUAUGCCUAGCUCAAUAAGUGUGGUCACUGAAAUAUUGUGUAAAUAUCAUCAAUUAAAUAUUAUGUAAAAUGUGUUAAAAA